AUGAGCAGCAAAAAGGACAUGAGAACUGUAACAAAUACCGGAAGUACCAACGGAGUUCUCAAUAACACCCCAAAAAACCCUCCAAAGAUGGAAAUGAAAUUGGCUGAAGAGCAAAAAGAAGAGCUAAAUACCAAACUUGACUACGUCAAAGCGAACAGAGGCAAGCUCCCCGCUCUGCACUUCGCGGCCAUGGUGUUGGAUGUUGACGUUUGCCGUUACCUCGUUGAACAGGAGGGUGCUGAUGUAAAUAAAAAAGGCAGUAGAUAUGGCGCUACUGCUCUGCACUUCGCAGCCUUGAACAAAACCCAUGGAGAUGCUCUGAUCGACUACCUCAUUGAAAAAGGAAGCAAUCGUAAAGAAAGAGAUAAAGAUGAUCAAUGGCCUUUCGAUUAUGCCCUGAAAGUGAAAAACUUAGAAUCCGCUAAAGACGUCUCUAUGAACGAUAAGAAGUUGGGCAAGGAUGAUGAAUAUGAUAUUAACAUUAUUCUGAAAGCAUGCAAGAUUGCCGAUUUAAGGACCUGCAGAUUGAUGCUUGAAGAGUUCAAAAUUCACGUCAGGUGGCUAUCGAGAGACACAUGGAAAGUCAAAUUUCUUUGCCAUGCAGCUGCGAACAGAAACCAUGCAAGAGAAAUCCUUCAAUAUCUGUUCUCAAUGUUCCAAAUCUCCACUGAUGAUCAAAGAUAUGCCUAUGGGAAUGCUCUUGUGGCAGUACUUGAAAGCGUACCUUUCAAUCCUGCAAGUGCAGAAGAGUUUCUUGAGUUGUUAGGCUGUAAUAUUAGGUUCAAAAUAUCAGGAUAUACUUUCAUGCAUUACGCCGUGACAGGCAGUCUAGCCGCAGUGAAAUUUGUGCACGGAAAGGACAGAAGUCUGAUCGACGAGGUCAGUGACAAUGGUGCCACAGUUCUCCAUCUCGCAGCAGCUUUGGGAAACGUGGAAAUUUGCGAGUGGCUGAUCGAACACGGACAAGACAUCUACGCUGUGAACAAAAACAAUCAUGGAAGUUUCCUCCAUUACGCUGCUCAGAACGUGAGAAACGGAGACUUGAUCAUUCAAAAAUAUGUACACAUGCUGCUCGACUUCGUGAAUUACUUCGACGAUAAUUACUACACUCCUCUUCAUUGGGCCCUGGUCAACAAAAAAAAUGCAAUUUAUAAUGCUAGAACUUUGCUAGACUAUGGCGCUUCUUUGUGCGUGAAAAGAAAUGAAAACAACUUCCUUCACUUUUGUAUCGUUAAGGGCAAGUUGGGAUGUGCCAAACUCAUACACGCCGAGAGGAUAAAAUUGAUCAAGGAAAAGGGUGAAGGAGGAAAAACCACUCUUCACAUUGCUGCCGACCACUUCAAUGAAGAAAUCUGCGCAUGGCUGUUAAGUGUUGGUGCCGAUCCUCAAGAAACUACUGUUGGAGGAAAAUCCGUGCUAGAAUCCACUUGCAGUGCAGACGCCAAGAAGUUUUUCCAAUCGGUGAUCACAACCAAGAAAUAG